AUGCUGGCUCUCAUCUCUCCAGGCCUCCAGCCUCCCUCUCUCCCUGCAGCAGCAGAACCCAACACUCAAAAGAUCCUACACACGGCAGAAGAGUCCACCAUCCUGUGGGCUGCCCCAGGCAGAAACUCCAGUAAUACUGGCAAUACCAAGGCACCACUGACCCUAGAGGCACAAGAAGCCGUAACAAGGCCUCAGGGUGACACCUCUGACAGAGGAAGUGAAGGAUGUAAAUUGGCAACACUCAAUUCUAGCCAGAAGCAGCUCAAGCAAGAGAAACCAAAACCUUGUGCUAUAUAUAGUGCCACCUACUAG